AUGCCUCUCCCCGCAACAUUCGAUCCGAACUACAAGCUGCUUGCAUCAUGCAAGAAGCUCACUCUGCAUGCAUCACAAGAAUCUGGUUUUGAUUCCGAUAAAAUGCUUGUUAUGCUCUCUGGUUGUCCAGACCUGAUAGAGUUCCGCCUCGUUCUAGACAGGCCGAUUAUCGAUUCAUCCCAAGCAGCGCCUGCUCGAGAGCGAUUCGUCCUACCGAAGCUCAGAUUCUACAGCGCCUACAUCGCCUUUUCUUUCCUUCGUACCCCCCUCCUAACACACCUCGCAGUUCAGCGGGACACCAUCAACACGAACGUUGAGCGAGAAGACUACGUUGGAUACUUGAAGCAAUUCAUCAGAGCAUCUUCGGCCGCACUGGAGUAUCUCUCGGUCAAAGGCCUAGAACCAGCCUCUUUCGAAGAAAUCCUGAAGGACGUACCAUCGAUCAAAUAUUUGUCAUUUAACAAACGCAUGUCGCUCUGGGAACCAACAAACAGUUACCAAACACUGUUUCGCGUCUUACUCGAGUCUGUCGUGAAGGUCGUUCCCGGAGAGAAGCCAACCUGCAUCUGUCCAAAUUUGGAAGCAAUUUCGUGCGAUUUGCUUGCCGUGCCGUCGUUGGUGAAAACAAUGUCCGAGUUUGCCCGCGUCCGAGCGGCAGCAGCGGUUGCGGGGAAGCCUGGCAUUUCACCAAUCCGAAGGAUCGAGCUCGGAGACUGGCCACCGUCAGGCAUGCCUGCUACUCCGGCACAGGCAUAUAUCAAUGAAGACGAAUUGGCUCGUCAUGUCGAAGAACUGACGAUAGGAAAGCACCGAUACGACAAGGCGAGCAGGAUGUGGCUUCUCGGCGCAUGCCCGUUCAAGAAUUUCCUGCCUUUCGGACAGCCCGCGUUGGAAGAAUCGCCUAUUGGGCUGCGCAGGUAUACCUGAACGACCACGCCAAAGCUCGGCUCACGCCUGUUUAGGUCGGAUGAGUUGUCUAUGUUUGAGUUACCUCCAUUCCUGCCACCUACGCCCGUAGAUGAAGAAGAAGAGGAGGAGGAGGAGGAAGACACAGAGGAAGAAGACAUUCCCCCAGAGAAGCGGACCUCGUCGUGGUGGGCGUGGUACUGGAUCUGUAUUUUGUUGCUUAUCUCCACUUUAUUAUCACUCGAUACCACC